AAAAUGCGACGGACGACCCAAGUCCCGUGUUCCGUGUCCCGAAGUACGAAAAUAACACUGGAGGGGGGCGCGAUGUGGACGAAAAGUGCGGGACGAUGGGUGACACUGGCUCAGAGAGAGAUAAACAUGCAAUGAAGAAGGACGACGAAGAUUCCCGGCUGGCCAGCUUUGCCGCGUACACGCCCCUGGUCGCGGCGCUGCUGGCGCCCAUGUCGACGCUGUACGACAUCCCUGCGCUGUCGCAGCCCUGGUAUGCGUUCAACGGCGCCGCGCUGCCCGAUCCAAGGGCGUCGCUCGUCCUGUCGGGCGUGAGUCUGGCCAUGAGUGUGAUUGCCAACUCGCUCCUCGUGCUCCGCUUCUCUGUGCAUGUGGCCCGUCUCUGGCGAUUUGCGACGCGCCUCUCCACGCUCGCCUGGGUCAUCAAGACGUGCAUCGGCAUCGCCAACCUCAUCACGUUUGGUGCGCUCGCCAGGAAUGGCCCUGGCUACUCGUACCUCGAGGGCUUCUGGUGUGCGAUCCUCUCCGUCGUCAUCAGCGGCAUCAUCAGCACUCUCCUCGUCUUUCAGUUCCUCUUCCACUUCAACCGCUCGCCCGACGCAACGAUCAGAUUCCAGGGCCGCACGUUCAUCGUCUCGGAGCUCAUCCUCUUUGGCCUCAUUGCCCUCGAGGCCCUCAUCUUCAGCAAGAUCGAGGGCUGGACCUACCUCGAGGGCAUCUACUUUUCCGUCGUCGCCCUGCUCAGCAUUGGCUUUGGCGACUUCUCGCCCUCCAAGACAUCGACCAAGAUUCUGCUUUUCCCCUUUGCCAUUGCCGGCAUCGCCCUGCUGUCGAACCAGGUGUCGCUGAUUGUCAAGGCGUCGAGCGCACGCCGCAAGAGGCGCCGCCAGCGCUUUGCACGCCUGCUCGACACGCGUCGGCAUGCCAACCUGGAGCAGUCGCACCCCGAGACGCUCGAGGGCGAGGCAAGGCGGCUCCACCGGCUCGUGCAGGACGAGGAGAAUGCGAGCGAGCUCGCCGACCUGCUCUGGUCGGCCGUCGCCCUCGUCGUCUUCUGGCUCCUGGGCGCCCUCAUCUACCGCUACAUGGAGUCGUGGACGUACGGCAACGCGCUCUACUUUAACUACGUCUUCUUUCUCACCAUUGGCUUUGGCGACUACUCGCCCGAGACGCCCGUCGGCCGAGUCGUCUUUGUCCUCUGGGCCCUCCUGGCCGUGCCGAUCAUGACCAACUUUGUCGUGCAGGCGAUCCAGUCGAUUGUGGGUUGUCUCUCGCCGCCUCGCUGCCUACUGACCACUCACACGUCACAUGCAGGUCACGCGCUUCUCCAAGUUCCUCACCUCGAUGACGCGCGAGAAGCGCACCGAGCGACAGGACCUCGAGCGCCAGUACUUUGAGCCCCA